CUAAUGGUGACAUUUAGGCAAUUUAUAAUCUCCACGUAAUCGUCACCAUCACCACUCAAGGCUGCAGUGUAUUAAUGUAUAAAAUGGCAGGUAUACUGCAAUUUUUUGAUAACAUCCCAAAUGCUGCACCGGAAGAUUCUUUGCUCAACGCYAUGCUGGAAGAAUUUUUUCAGCACAAGCAUUUCAAGAACACUACCCAGAGAAAAGCGACAGCUAAAAUAUUGAAGAGAGAAUCAGACGUGAUUGUUUCGUUGCCAAAGGGUCACGGAAGAACUACAUGCUUUCUUCUUCCUAUACUCAUAUGUCAGAAAAAGGUCUCAAUAGUUUUUGUUGGUCUAUCGUCACGAAUUGAUAUGCAGAUAAGCCGUUUAAAAUAUGAAGAUGUUUACGUAAAAAUCCUUGAUGCAGAGACGUCAUCAGAAGAAUGGGCUGAUAUAMAAMAUAAUAUCCAUCAUUUAUGCAGUAUGAUGAGUUUACCAAAUAGUAUAUUAUACGUGACACUCGAUGUAAUCUCUACGGUUGACUUCUUGAAUUUAUUGAAUUAUCUAAUAAAAACAAACAACUUAGGUUAUGUAGUAGUCGAUGAGUCGUAUUGUGAAAACGAUUGGAUGUCAGGCCCGAAAGAAGAAUAUUAUAAACUUAGUACACUCAGGAACACAUAUAAUCAUAUUCCUUGGGUUAUUACAACUGAAAAAGCCUGCACAAAAGUUAUUUAUUGCAUUAAGACAACACUAUGUCUUAGGACUCAGARGCAAGAUAUCCCCAGUGAUUCAAUACCGUGGUUUAGAUUAAGUUUUGAUGAUGAUGAUGAUGAUGAAGCAAUAGUUGAUCGUUAA